CAUUUUCCUCAAAGCUCCUCCACUCACCGUCCCACCAUUUCUUCUCCACUCCAUUGAAAAUACUCAAUUUUCAUUUCUUCUAUUCAAUAUAUUCAUACACACCAACUGAAAUCUCCAUCGAAAACGCAAUCACAGAAAUCAUCUUCUCAAUUUCUUAAGAAUCUGCAGCUCGAAUUCUGGAAUCAAAACUCAAUUGAUUAAAAAAGGAUGAUGUCGUCGAUUUUAUCAUCAUCGAAUCCAGCAGUAAAUCCAUCGACGAGAAGGAAGAAAAAGAAGAAAAUCAGCCACAAUCCCCAAAUCCAACCCGAAAACCCCCAAAUUGAAUGGAAAUCGGAGGCGCAGCAGCAAAUCUACUCCUCGAAGCUGCUCCACGCGCUGCAGCAGGUCCGGCUCGGCUCGUCGGGGCCGCGGGCGGUGCGCGAGGCCGCGGACGGCGCCCUGGCCACGACUGCACGGGGGCGGACGCGGUGGAGCCGCGCGAUCCUGACGAGCCGGCUGAAGCUGAAGUUCAUGAAGAAGAACAGCGUGGCGAGGCGGCAGCGCAAGGUGAUGGCGGUGAUCGCCACAGCCGGGAAUUAUCGGCAGCGGAGGAGGUCGAAGGUUGGUGUGUUGAGGCUGAGGUCGAAGUGCUUGCCCGCGUUUCAGCGGAAGGCGCGGGUGCUGAGCCGGUUGGUCCCCGGCUGCCGGAAGCAACCGUUGCCGGUGGUUUUGGAGGAGACCACAGACUACAUUGCUGCGCUCCAAAUGCAGGUGCGAGCCAUGAGUGCAUUAGCCGAGCUACUUACCGUUUCAGGCUCAUCUUCUAGCAGCACCUAUGCGGACCCCACGCAGCUAUUAUGAUUUUUUUUUUCUUUUGGUUUCUCUGACUAUUCAGAUAUUCUAGUAUCCUAAUGUGAAUUAUAUUUCUCUGAUUUUAGUUUUGUUUUGGAAAGAAAUGGAAUAUUUGGGUGA